ACGGUGUGGGUGUGGGGGGGAGAGGUGCGUGCGCCCAUCUCCCUCUUUCCGUUGUGUAAGCCGUUGAGGUGGCGCGAGGAGGGGGCUGGGGGUGGGAUAUCUCUCUCCACCCCAACCCAGGUUUCUGCCCUGGUUGCGUAACAGGCGGUUAAAUGUGUGAUUUUUUUAUUUUUUAUUUUUGGAGGGGAACCUCUACCUGGGAGCGGGUGAAUCAGCGCUAAUGCGAGGCUGUGGGGGAAGGGAACGUGGACUCUGGCACUGAGCUGUUUAAGGAGGGAGGCUUGGCUUUGAGGGGAGGGGGCGGUGUAGCGGCCUCUUUCUCCGAGUCUGCGAAGUGACUCUGGUAGGAAAGAAAGGGGGUCGUAUGCGGCUGUUAAAUAGCCCCCAAGCGAUUGAGUCGGGUGUAGUGGUGCAAGAUUCAGCAAGCAACGCACAACAAAAUGAGUCAUCUUGCUAUUAAUAGAAUAGCAAAUGAUAUUAUCAAAUCACCUGAAGAUAAACGAGAGUAUCGUGGGCUAGAACUGGCAAAUGGCAUCAAGGCAAUGGUUAUCAGUGACCCCACUACAGACAAGUCUUCAGCUGCACUUGAUGUACACAUAGGGUCAUUAUCUGAUCCCCCUAACAUUGCUGGGUUAAGCCAUUUUUGUGAACAUAUGCUUUUUUUGGGAACUGAGAAAUACCCAAAAGAAAAUGAGUACAGCCAAUUUCUCAGUGAACAUGCAGGAAGUUCAAAUGCUUUUACCAGUGGAGAACACACCAACUUUUAUUUUGAUGUAUCACAUGAACACUUGGAAGGUGCCCUGGACAGGUUUGCUCAGUUUUUCUUGUGCCCUCUGUUUGAUGAAAGCUGCAAAGACAGAGAAGUGAAUGCUGUUGAUUCUGAGCAUGAGAAGAAUUUAAUGAACGAUGCUUGGAGACUGUUUCAGCUGGAAAAGGCUACUGGAAAUCCCAAUCACCCCUUCAGUAAAUUUGGAACAGGAAGCAAAUUCACUUUGGAAACUAGACCAAACCAAGAAGGAAUAGAUGUAAGACAAGAGUUAUUGAAGUUUCACUCCACUUACUAUUCAUCAAAUUUAAUGGCUGUUUGUGUUCUAGGACGAGAAUCUUUAGAUGACCUAACAAGUUUGGUAGUGAAGCUAUUCUCUGAAGUAGAGAACAAAAACGUUCCAUUACCAGAAUUCCCUGAACAUCCUUUCCAGGAAGAACAUCUCAGGCAACUUUACCAAGUGGUACCUAUCAAAGACAUUAGAAAUCUUUACGUCACCUUUCCAAUACCAGAUCUCCAGAAGUACUAUAAAUCAAACCCUGGCCAUUAUCUUGGCCAUCUUAUUGGUCAUGAAGGUCCAGGAAGUCUUCUAUCAGAACUCAAAGCUAAAGGCUGGGUAAAUACCCUGGUUGGAGGACAAAAAGAAGGUGCUAGAGGUUUCAUGUUUUUCAUCAUUAAUGUUGACCUUACAGAAGAAGGACUUUUACACGUGGAAGAUAUUAUCUUGCACAUGUUUCAGUAUAUACAAAAACUACGUACAGAAGGACCUCAAGAGUGGGUUUUCCAAGAAUGUAAGGAUUUGAAUGCUGUAGCCUUCAGGUUUAAAGAUAAGGAAAGACCCCGGGGUUAUACAUCAAAAGUUGCAGGGAUUCUUCAUUACUAUCCUAUAGAAGAAGUUCUUGCUGCAGAAUAUUUACUUGAAGAAUUUAGGCCUGAUUUAAUAGAAAUGGUAUUGGAUAAGUUAAGACCUGAAAAUGUCCGGGUUGCAAUAGUUUCUAAGUCUUUUGAAGGAAAAACUGAUAGAACAGAAAAAUGGUAUGGAACCCAGUACAAGCAAGAGGCAAUUUCUGAUGAAGUCAUUAAGAAAUGGCAAAAUGCUGACCUCAAUGGGAAAUUCAAGCUGCCAAUGAAGAAUGAAUUUAUCCCUACUAACUUUGAAAUUGUACCUUUAGAGAAGGAUGCACCACAGUACCCUACUCUUAUCAAGGACACUGCUAUGUGCAAACUAUGGUUCAAGCAAGAUGACAAAUUUUUCCUACCCAAAGCUUGUCUCAACUUUGAAUUUUUCAGCCCAUUUGCUUACGUGGAUCCCUUGCAUUGUAACAUGGCCUAUUUGUACCUUGAGCUACUCAAAGACUCCCUCAACGAGUAUGCAUAUGCAGCAGAACUAGCUGGCUUGAACUAUGACCUCCAAAAUACCAUCUAUGGGAUGUAUCUUUCCGUAAAAGGUUACAAUGACAAGCAGCAUAUCCUGCUCAAGAAGAUUGUUGAAAAAAUGGCUACCUUUGAGAUUGAUGAAAAAAGAUUUGAAAUUAUCAAGGAGGCGUACAUGCGAUCGCUUAAUAACUUCCGAGCUGAACAACCUCACCAGCAUGCCAUGUAUUACCUUCGACUACUGAUGACAGAAGUUGCCUGGACCAAAGAUGAAUUAAAAGAAGCUUUAGACGAUGUCACUCUUCCCCGUCUCAAGGCCUUUAUUUCUCAGCUGUUGUCACGGUUACACAUUGAAGCACUUCUCCAUGGCAAUAUAACAAAACAGGCUGCAUUAGGAAUUAUGCAGAUGAUUGAAGACACUCUCAUUCAGCAUGCUCAUACAAAACCUCUCCUUCCGAGCCAGCUUGUAAGGUAUAGAGAAGUACAGCUGCCUGACAGAGGUUGGUUCGUCUAUCAACAGAGGAACGAGGUUCAUAACAAUUGUGGCAUUGAAAUAUAUUAUCAAACAGAUAUGCAAAGCACCUCAGAGAAUAUGUUUUUGGAGCUCUUCUGCCAAAUCAUCUCAGAGCCUUGCUUCAAUACCCUGCGCACUAAAGAACAGUUAGGUUACAUUGUGUUCAGUGGUCCACGGCGGGCAAAUGGUAUCCAAGGACUGCGAUUUAUCAUCCAGUCAGAAAAGCCUCCACACUACUUGGAGAGCAGGGUUGAAGCUUUUUUAAAAACCAUGGAGAAGAGUAUAGAGGACAUGUCUGAUGAAGCCUUCCAGAAGCACAUCCAGGCUUUAGCAAUUCGUCGCCUUGACAAACCAAAGAAAUUGUCCGCCGAGUGUGCAAAAUACUGGGGCGAAAUUAUUUCCCAGCAAUAUAACUUUGACAGAGAUAACAUUGAAGUGGCAUAUCUCAAAACUCUUACUAAGGAUGAUAUUAUGCACUUUUAUAAGGAGAUGUUGUCAGUUGAUGCUCAAAGAAGGCACAAAGUAUCCGUGCAUGUACUAGCACGGGAAAUGGAUUCCUGCCCUGUUGUGGGUGAAUUUCCAUCUCAAAAUGAUGUAAACCUGGCACCAGCACCACCACUGCCACAGCCAGACGUGAUUCAGAAUAUGACAGAGUUCAAACGCAGCCUGCCACUCUUUCCUCUGGUGAAGCCACAUAUCAAUUUCAUGGCUGCAAAACUCUGAAGAACCUUUGCUGGGUGAAGAACUGGAAGUGGAAGAGUCUUGUAUGACUUCAGUGGAUUUUCAUAAUGAACCAACAUCUUAAGCUGUUGUUAGGACAAACAAUCCUGUCCAUUAUGAGGGUUCCUGAUUCCUUCUAGAUUCAUUUGGCAUUUCUGGUGUGAUAGGGUUACAGCAAAUUAGGCAAAUAGGCUGUAGUCAUGCGUCAUGUUUAUUGUAGAGCCACUCUUGGAAACCAAAAUCAAGUGGUAUAUUCAAAGGUCUGUGUAGGUAUGGUAUAUUUUACAAUAGUGAGCCCUUUUAAAGGCUUUGUUUGCAUAAUGGAAUAUGAAGAAGCUUACUGAACAAACUGGUGUUGUUUUAAAGGCCCUUCCUUUUCUUAUGAAAAGUCAUUAAGAUUAAGCAAUUUAUUGGAUGUGGAGGAACGAAACAUUAUUAAAAUGCACAUACUGAUAUUUUUAAAGAAAAGACUAUGGAAUUAUACCUUAAGCAUAUUGAUCCUCAGAGCAGCCAACCAUUUAGGUUCUAUAUAAAUCAGUGGAAAUGAGGGGAAAACGUCAACAGAUAUAUUUUGGAUGAGUUACCAGGCAUAUUGACAUAGUUUUAAUCUUUAUACACAUUUGGGGACAUUUUUUAAUAUUCAGACUAGUAAAAUGCUGGAAACACCUGGGUAGCCACCCUUUCCUUGGCCAGAGUGUUACCUUCUGCUUGUAACCCUUGUGUUUUCUCAGGGUUACUUGGAAAAUGUUUCAUUUGCAUAAAUAAAAUUGUUUUGGCGCUUUUUCUUCCGGUUGUUCAUGUAUUGUUUUUAGAUAUCUCAUCAAACUUGCCCUCUCUUGUUGGGUGUUUGACUUGUCAAAAAGGCUAUCAGUGACCCGGAAUAGGUGUUUAAUCUGUGGACAUGGGGCAUGCUUCCGUGAAAAGGCAUAAAAUGGAAAUCUUAGUCUUUGUCCCAAAGACACAGCACAGUGAAUGUCCAGGACAAGGUGGCCCUUCAAGGCAUGUGAUACAACAAUACCUUAAUCUGACCUACCACUGUUUUUGCAGAUCUCGGUGCAAGCUUUCAAGCUUUAUCAGGCUUAGAUGUUUUAAAGUGACAGGGAAGAAGAAAUCUCAGAACAAAUGGCAGGUUAGCAUUUGCUUAGCCAUGCCAGCAAUUAAACGUCAGCUCAAUAGGGCAACAUCACAUUGAGCCUGACCAAGGCAAACUUCCAUGUGCUUAAAAGCUUGCAGCCAGUAUUUUAAACACAGUUUAAAUGCUUAUCCUGGAUCAUUUUUAUUUGACACUUCAGGCACCUGCAAUGCAAUAAUAGCACAAUUUAAUAACCAGGAUAUAGGAAGUUGGUGCCAACUGCUUUCUAGGAAAACAGCACAAAGCAGAGAUUUGUAUGCAAAAUAAAUAGGAAUGAUGAAAUAGAAUAAUUUUUUCCAUCUCUAGCCUAUUGGUUUUAGUGGAGGUUGUGCUACUAAAAGCUCAUAGGUGCUGAAGUUUUGCUUAAUCUGGUUUUUGGAGAGAAAAGGCAUACAUUUACCAAAGUAAUAUGUCUUUUAUAUGCUGGGUUUUUUUCAAGUUUAUAUGGAUUCUAAGACUGAAGUAUUUCAAAGAUCCCAAUGGAUUUCUAGUCUCAGUUUGGUUUUCUAAGAGAAAAUGUGCCUCCUACUUCAGAAAUCUGACCUGCAUAGCACCAAUCAUAUUAAGAGCAUUGGUUACAUCCUUUGUAGUUUGAGGCUGGAAUCUGAAUGUCCACCGUUUUGUUUUAUUAUGACUAGUUUCAAUGUUGAUUGCCUUGUGAAUUGUCAGAAUAAAAUUGUGUGUUGCAUCUUCCUGGAGAUACGAUACGUAACAUCCAAGUAGGAAGUAAACAGCUAACCUUGAGACAUAGAAUUAACCUGCCUGUAUCUUUAAUGGGCGCGAUGUUUUAUCAUUGCUGUAUUUUACCUACUUAAGGUUCAAAACUGCUCCUGCAUCUUACAGCAACGCAGCGAGUUAAAAGAAAUAGGACAUAAUCUCUCAGGGAGUGUUAAUGCUAUUGAACAUUAACCCUUCACGUCCAACAAGUUCAUUACUCAUUAUGGCUGGCAUCAUGGUAAAGAGGUCAUUCGAUUGUUUUGUUACACAGAAAGCUGUAGCUUUUUAUGUGAUACAGAUGAUAGGUUUUCCACUCCCUUCCUAACCUGCUCAAAAACUGAAAACAUGACGAGGAAUCAGAUGAACUCUUCAUGUGAUAAGUGGCAUUAUGUAUUAGACAUGACACACAUGGAUAUUAUAUCAAUAUACCUUGAUACAGAGGCAUCAUUGGAGUUUAAUUAUGCUAGUAUUGUUGCACAUGCAUGCAAUCUGUUCAGGGAUUUCUUCAUCCAAUCCAAGCAAGGUUGCAGAGGAACAAGACUUACAGAAUUUUAUCCAAGAAGCUUUUAAUUCAUUAUCGGGGGGGGGGGGCUGUUUGUGGCAAAUAGUGUGUGUGAAAAAGAACCAUUUCAGUAGUGGUUUAAGCUAUUCACACCCAAAACGUUGGCAUACCCAUGGUGAUUCCCAUUUUGUGUUAAACGUCUGUGCUGGUAACUUUUUCCCAGUGAGAACACACUUUGGGAAUUGUAUACUUAGUUCCCUGUAAUAGAAAGUUGGGCAUGAGUAAAUGUUUGGUCAAUCCCAAGAAUGACUUCAGAAUGCUGUAGUGGUCUUAAUCUCAAUUCUCCCACUCUUCCCUCAAUAGUAAAAAAACAUUUUGCUGGAAAUCUUGGAGGAGUGGAGUAAACAUGUUGGAAAAUGUGCCAUUUUACUUUUGCGUUGCCAGCUGUCAACAAAAAAUGCUAUGGUACUUUCCCCACCCCCCAUUCGUACAUACCAUAUUUCUCUCCACUGUGCUUUUCACAAAUAUUUAAAAGGUUUUAGAUUUUUCCUCACAAAUACCUCAUUUUUGUAAGUUUAGCUUCCCCCCUUUUUUUUGUUAAAAUUGUUUGCACAACUAUUUGAAAGAGAUUGGAACGCACACUGCAAAAUUAUAUAUUUUGAGACUUGUUAAAACAGUUGUGCACAACUGUCAAGAAGAACCCAAUGACUUUGUGUAGAAAAUCAGUUCAUGAAAUAAAUAAUCCCUAAUGCAAUAUUUUUGAAUUUAUAUCACAACUUACACAUGGAUGGAAAUUGCUCCCCUUAUUUUUGUAGCGCAAGCAUGAAACCACUUUCCAGGGAACUGGUUGAAUACAAGUCUGUUCACUACACACUCCGAAGUGAUUUCAUGAUUGCCGAACUCAAUGUUUUUUUUAAAAAAAAUAAUAAUGCUGGGGUUACAACAUGAGCAGAACAUUCUUUUUUGUGGCAUGAUAUUGGUCCAGUUUGCACAUAGCACCACUAAACCAUGGGCAAGUCUCAGUGAGCACCCAUGCCCCCCACUUCGCUCCUCCACAGCCAAGAGGAGGACUUCCGCCGAGUUUGGUUUCACUUCUAAAACAUACUGUCUUGGUGUUACCUACCAACCAGGAUUGCUAGUUUAAAACAUUGUGUCUAAUUUAAUUAGCCAACUGCAUACCUCAUAGUUUGAAGUUGGCUUGUUAUGAAACUGUCUACAGUUUCAUGUGUGCAUGCAGUUCACCAUUUGUGGCCCCUUCGGCAUCCCGAACUAUAUUUAUUUAUUCACUACUUAUAGGAAUGGCCAGGGCGGCCAGCAGAAUAUAUCAACAGUAUCGUAAAAAUAAAAUAAAAAAUCCAUUGUACAAUUAACCUUUAUUCUGAAAUAUCAUGAGGUCGGUGUGUCCACAUGCUGUGAAUGCCAAUGUGUCCAGUAGAGAGACUAAAUUUCUUUUUAAGUGUUCUCCAGCAUUUUAUGAUUUCCGAGUUUGGUAGAACAAAAUGCAGUUUGAUAACUCAGGCAUAUCAGUGGAUUCUCUCCAGUAGAUCCAAAGCUGCAGUGUCAACAAGCAAUAACAGACUACCUAGACUACACUGUAAUUCAGUUUUAGUGCUCGUUAACAAAAUUUAUGUAACAAAUCAUAAAUUAUGACUAGACUACUGUAAUUUUUGCAAGUGCUAUUUUGAGCAGUUAAUGUGGAAUUGGGUGCAUGUUGAACACAAUAUGACAGAGUGCUUGUCAUACUCUUGACAAUAAACAAUCUGAAUAUAA